AGUGGUGGACGCUCUUACGUGCGGAAAAGGCCUAUGGAUGCUCGGUUCAACAUGGCUGUUCCUACAGAUGAGACUGCAGCAGACCUGCCCGAAAAGGAUGUAGGACCCCUACUCUCAGGAAUUGGAGGAGCUCACGAGUCUGCUGCUGCUGCUGUGAAGGCAAGACAAGCCGUCUCCCAUAUCGACCGUAAGGAGCUGGAGGAUAGAUACCUCCGUAUUCAUGAUGAGAACCUUUUGCUCAAGUCUCACGCACGCAACCAAGAGGAUAAAAUUAAGAGGAUGGCCACAAAGUUAAUCAGGUUGGUGAAAGACAAGAAGAAAGCAGAGCAUGGGGCUGGCAUCAUGGGAAAAACAGGGAGAGAUGUGGAGCUAGAAGAGAUGAUUGAACAGCUGCAAGAGAAGGUACAAGAACUGGAGAAGCAGAAGGAGCUUCUACAGAAGCGCCUGAUAGCGGUCAAACAACAACUACAGACUCAAGGCCACAGAUACACUCCCUACAACUAUGUACAGUCUCGAGUCAACUCUGGCUUGCGCAAAGUGACCGAGGGAGUCAUGAUGCAGGAGAACAUCCGCAGAGGAAUGCGAAUGCAAGAUCCUGAGAUGAUUUCUAAAUCUUCCCAAGCUGUUCUUCCAAGAUAUGGCCAAAGUUUGCUUGAAGAAGCUAGGGCAGAGAUCAGAAGCUUAGAAAAUGUGGUAGCAUCCCAAAGGAGUCAUAUUGAGGAGCUAGAGAAUUCAGUAGAUAUUCUCCGUUCUGAACUGCGAAGAAAAGAGAAUGAAUAUGAAGAGUCCUUAUUACAAAUCAAAGAACAGCAAGCUACAGAGCAAAGGACAACUAUCAGAGAGAAUGUUGGAAUCAUCAAGCUACAGAAACAGCUAGCAGAGAAAAACAGUUCAUUUGCUGAGUUGGAAGGCAAAUUUCGUCUCCUUCAAGAGGUGCAAGGGUCAGAAAGCCACAGCUGUUACACUAUACUUCUAGCUCAGAAGUUUGAUUUGCUUGGCUUACAUAGAAGCGGGGAACUUUUUGAUGACAUGGAAAAGCUUAAAAUCAGAGAAAUAAAGCUACAAUGGGACAUUUGGUCUAUGAAUAAGUAUAUUGAGUUGUGUAUUGUCCCAAGAGGAUUACGAAUUAACAAGUAUCCUACAUUUGAUACUAAUGACUCUGAAUUUAUAAAAGCUUGGAACAUGAUAUUAACAGAAUGUUCUGUGAGAUUAAUGUUAUUGCUUUGUGAAUAUAAAACAAAAAUGCUGUCGUGUGUUAGAGAAAACAUAUGUGAAAUACAAACAGAACUCAAUUCCAGAAGAAAUGACAUAGAUUAUGGUAGAUUUGACAUGGUUUUAAAGAAUACCAUUGUUGAGGUUAAGAAAUCAGUUAUUGACACUAAACACAAUAAAUACAUACGCGACCAGACAGACUAUGACACAGACUCAGUUUAUGUGUGGAACCGGACAAGACGAAUUCAGGUUCGCAGACAACAGAACCGUAGUAGAGGGAGACGCAAUAGGAGGGGUAGGAGACAGACCCAAGUGACCUUUUCCGACACUGAGGCAGAGUCCGGGGACAGUGCUAGUGGGGAUGAGACUACAACACCGAGAGGUAUUCUAAAAAAUAGCCAGGUUGAGCCCACAAAUGUUCAUACAACAACACAUAUGAAUACAAUUUCCAAUCAGAAUAAUGGACAAAGGGAGACAGGGAGUAAAUAUAAAGCCAGUGAACCAGCCAAGAUAUUAACAGAACCCAGGGGUGGACUAGCUAAAUCCACCAACUCAGAUAUUGGGCAAGAACAUUUGCAACAGAAUACUAAUAAGCCGGAAAGGGGGCAGAAGCAUCCAGCUCAUAAAACGCCUUCGGUCAACACCUUCUUUAAACUGCAUGAUAAUGGAGCCCAGGUGGAGGUGCCAACUGUACCCCAUAAUCCAAAAGCACCAUCAGACUCAGAAGAUGAAGAAACCUGCACAGAUAAUAUGGUCUCUAUAUCUCAAACCUUGUUGGAAUCUUUGCCAUCUAAAAAAGACUUCACAACAUUAUUGUCACAAGUACGCAGCUGCAUUAAAGAAGAAAUCUCAGGCCUCAGAAAAGACAUUAAUGAAAUAGGAAACAAGGUUGAAUACCUUGAGGAGGUUCAAGAAAGCAACCAGGAAGAAAUAUCUAUUUUGCAGCAACAACUAAAAUGUCAGGAAACCUCCAUUAUGCAGCUUCACGAUAAGCUUGAGGACUUAGAGAACAUGGAAAGGCGUCAAAAUCUUAGAAUCCGGGGAGUGCCGGAAUCAGUUCUCACCUCAUCAAUACCGGGAUACCUGCAGGAGCUCUUUACACACAUUAAAGGGGCCCCGUACGACCAACCCAUUCAAUUUGAUAGAGCCCAUAGGGCAUUGCGCCCCAAAUCACUGGAUCCAAAGAAACCUAGGGACAUCAUUUUAAAAUUUAAAGAUUAUUCCCAGAAAGAAGAAGUCUCACAACUUGCACACAAACAGAGAUCUAUUAAUUUUCAGGAUAGCAACAUCCAAAUUUUUGCGGAUUUGGCCCCAAGAACCUUGCUAAGACGGAGGGAAUUCAACCACCUCACAGCACAUUUAAGGAACUUAAACAUUGCAUAUUGGUGGGAUUUCCCAUGCUUGGUCCAGGUCAUCAGACAAGGUCAAAGAUUCGUAUGCAAUGAUGUCCUGGAGACAGAAAGCUUUUGUGCAGACCUACAUAUCGACCCACCACUUGAACCCAUUAUAUCUUCAGGAUCACGUGAACAACUCAGAAAGAAAGAUGUCUCAAAGCCUCAAAGAACAAAAUGGCAAACAGUGCCGGCCAAAAGACUUAGACCUGCUCAUUCUGGUCCUUCUCAGGAAACAGUAGAACCCCAUGAACACUCUUCACAGCAAGGGGUAACAGAUUUUAGAAGAAUUACUGUGUCUCCUUCCAUGGUGGAGAUGUGGAAAACUUUGGAACAUGAACAUUUAUGCUCAUCAUAUCUACAACAGCUUUCAACCCCAGUCUUACAAACAGAUAUGGUAGAAUUCCUCCAAAAACCAAUAGAUGCCUUAGAAAUAGAAAAAGCAAUAAAAACUCUGAAGCCAGGGAAAAGCACAGGACCAGAUGGGUAUACAGGCUUAUAUUUCAAAACCUUCAAACACAUUUUAAUUCCCCACCUCCUUACCCUGUUCCAGUCUAUAGACCAAAAUGAGCCGAUGUCCUCGAACAUGUUGGAGGCUUUUAUAACAGUACUGCCCAAACCAGGCAAAUCCCCAGACCAGCCAGCUCACUUCCGACCUAUCUCCCUCCUGAAUGUUGAUUUAAAAAUUUGCGCCAAAGUUUUGGCAAAUAGACUCAAUGCAGUUCUCCCUUUGCUGAUUCAUGUGGAUCAGGCAGGCUUUGUACCUGGUCGAGAGGCCAGGGACAACACCACGCGUGUGCUGCAACUUAUGCAAUUUGUUUCUUUACAUAAAACCCCUUCAAUCCUCCUGUCAACAGAUGCUGAAAAGGCCUUUGACAGGUUGGAUUGGACCUUUUUCAAACUCACCCUCCAGAAAUUCGGUAUCCCAGAGGAACUUUUCUCCAAAAUCUUUGCACUUUAUGUGGGCCCAAGAGCCAAAGUUAAAGUGAAUGGUAUCCUGUCCGGCUCAUUUUAUAUUAAGAAUGGGACGAGACAGGGGUGCCCUCUUUCCCCCUUAUUAUUUGUACUCUCUAUGGAACUUUUGGCAAUCAAGCUUAGGGGCAGCUCGGAGCUUCUUGACCGACUAAAUGACAUGGAAAAAGAACGGGAUCUUUUGAAGGAAAACUAUGACAAACUGUGCAGCAGCGCUUUUGAAGUAAAAAGCGGUAACGAGCAACAGCAGAGACUAAGAGAACAGCAACUGAAGCUUCAGAUUGCACAACUAGAAGCCGCAAUGAAAUCUGACCUAACCGAGAGAAACGAAAUGCUUGAUCGUAUCAGAAGGGAACGAGAACAAUUUGAGAAGCUUGAUGGAGAGAACAGGACUCUUCAGUUACGGUGUUUGGAGCAAAAGCAGCAGUUGGACGAAUUGCAGAACAAGUUCAAGUUCUUCACUAAGGAGAGCAAUGUAGACGUUUCUGAGCUCAGCGAGGCACUAAUGCUAAUAAAGGCAAGGAAGCAACAAAAAAGUGGAGAGUUAACAUUUUUGGAGAAAGUGGAGGAUGACCUCAGCAAAGACUUGGAACGGUCAAUGAGGGAAUUGCAAGCAAAUCACGCAGAGACUGUGCAAGAGCUAGAGAAGACACGGAAUAUGCUGAUCAUGCAGCAUAAAAUCAACAAGGAUUAUCAGAUUGAAAUUGAAACUGUGACAAAGAAGAUGGAUGAUAUCAAACACGAUUAUGAGCUAAAACUUGAACAGUAUGCGCAACUUCUCGACCAUAGAGCUGCUCGGAUCCGCAAACUGGAAGCCCAACUAAAGGACAUUGUUUAUGGCACUAGACAAUACAAAUUCACACCUGACAUAACUGCAGAUGAUGCCGUUGAUGAGUUUGAUGAGACAGUUCACCUGGAACGGGGAGAGAACCUACUUGAAGUUCAUAUAUCAAAGGUUUUAUUUACUCCUGAAGCUAUACAGAGCUUUGGGGACCUGGAACCAGCUACGUUCUGCACUUAUGCAUUCUAUGACUUUGAACUUCAGACAACUCCAGUUGUGCGAGGUCUGAAACCCACAUAUGACUUUACUUCUCAAUACCUUGUGCGUGUGGAUGACUUUUUCCUACAGUAUAUCCAGAAGAGCAAAGCCAGUCUAGAGCUGCAUGUGGCCAUUGGCACUGAUUAUCAAACAGUAGCUGCAUGCCAGUUGAGAUUCCAUGACAUCUUGGAAAAGAGUGGACGCAUUUUCUGUAGCGCCACACUUGUUGGGCUUCAUGGUGAUAUUCAAAAUUAUGGCACGGUUGAGUACUGGAUCAGGUUACGAGUACCCAUGGAGCAAGCUAUACGUCUUUACAAAGAAAGAGCUAAGGCGUUGGGAUACAUUGCUUCUAACCUCAGGGAACCAGAACAAAAAAGUCAGCAGCUUUCCAGUGCUCUCUCAGUUGAACCUUCCACCCCAUUAGAAGAAAACCUCAAUGAGUUGCACAUUACCAUAAAAAGCUGCAGCAAUUUACAAUCCGGGUCCAGUUCAUGCCAGCCCAGCUCUUAUGCUGCUUAUAGUUUUUUCCACUUUAACGAUCAUUAUACACCCAUCAUCCCCAACAGCAACAAUCCGCAGUUUGAAGAUCACAUGUGUUUCCCAGUUCAGAUGACUGCGGAUCUGGACCAGUACCUGAAAUCAGAAACUCUAAACCUCUACGUCUUUGAUGACGAGGAAAUGAGUGAAACUUAUUUUGGAAAAGCAAAAGUGCCUCUUAUCUCACUCUCUCACGACAAAUGCAUAUCAGGUACAUUUGAACUGAAUGGUUAUAAUGGUGAGACCAGAGGCACCAUAAUGUUGACAUUAAAGUGGAAGUCCACGUAUCUUCCUCCAAAAGGCUGUAUUCUAACUGGACCAUUAGUAGAUGAGUUACCAAAAGAACCCCAAGUCCCUGUUCGAUUACUUAGAGAAGAGGACAUAAAGACAUCAGAUCAGAUAUCAGCAGCACCUACUCAAACUGUACCAAAGCCUAAACCCAGGCAACGAAAAAUUCCAGCGGAGAAAAAAGUCUCUUUCAUUGAAACCAACGAGCAGAUCCUAAAUCACAUUAAUAAUACCAAGGAUGAAGACAAUUUGAAUGUCAUGAAAACUCCUGUAUCUAACCUGAACAUUUUGGAGGUGGAACAAAUGAAGCCAGCAGAGAGUGAAAAGCUGGAAGAAAAUGUGAAAGAAGAUGACGCUUCCCAACUCUCAGAUGGACAGUUUGCAGCAAGUUAUGAGACAUCAGAGGAUGAGACUGAAAUAACUGAAGACUUAGAAACAGAAGAUCAUGAUGGAAAACAAACAACAGAUGGUAACGAAUCCACAGACAGUGAUGACGACGGUUGCAUCAUACCAGUUGCAAAAGAUGUGAAGCCGCCAUCUGAGAAAAUCCGCAUUGAAAUCAUAUCAUUGAGUGUGGACGUAAAUUCUGAACUGGCGAUGAAUGAGACAAUUCAGAGGCUGUUUGUCGAGUAUAGAUUUUGCAAUAUUCCCCCUAUGGAGACCCCAGUGUCACUCCAGAAACCAACCAAUGGGCAACGGAUUUAUUACAAUUACAGCAAUGUUAUUCACGUGGAUAAGGAAACCAACCAAAAAAGGAGAGAUGACAUACAGUCCACUCUUAAGGAUCCAAAUCCUGGUAGCGGCAGUGUGAAAUUUACAGUGGUGAGUGAUCCACCAGAGGACGAACAAGACCUAGAGUGUGAAGAUGUCGGCUUUGCUAACAUCAGCCUCAAAGAGAUCUUAGAGACGGGCAAAGAUAUCAUCAACAGAAGCAUUGACAUUUACAGCUCACAGACUGAUGGAGAAGUUAUCGGUAAGCUGUCUGUAACGGUAGAGGCAGUUGACACACUCCAGUCCAUCUUGCGGGAAUAAAAAGGCAUUGCCUACAACCCAUGUAUGAAAAGGGACUUCUCUGCUUCAUUCAAAAAGACGUUGUGACCUACAUUAUUGGAUUUUUAAUUUAUUUUAUAAUAAAAUUUUGUUUUGAUUUAACAGUUCAUGUUAAAUAACAAAUCAUUCACUCCACAAUUUUUAAAUCAUGCUUUUGUUUUUAGUCACUUUUGCGUUCACAUGGAUAUUUAUUUAGCAGUUUCUAAAUCAGAUCUCUUCAGGGAAAUAUUAUUGGGAAAUAUAGUGAAAGCAGAACGAAAACCUUUGCUUUGUUACUUGUAUAACUAAAUUGUAUAUCUAAAUGUAAUAUAUAUGCAUAUAUAUAUAUAUAUAUAUAUUUAUAUUUGUUGUUGUUUGAUGUAUAAAUUAAUUAAAUUGCCUUUUUUGUAAGAAA